AUGGCUUGCCUGAAAACCCUAGUUUCUCUCUCUACACUUUUCAUCUUCACCGUCAUGGCUGACGACGCCGCUGUUAUGUCGAAGCUUCUAAAAUCCCUGACUCCUGCGCCAUCCGGCUGGUCUCCGGCGACUCCAUUCUGCCAAUGGGAAGGCAUCAAAUGCGACUCCUCAAACCGCGUGAUCACCAUAAGCAUUUCCUCGCUGUCCCUCGCCGGAACACUCCCCUCCGAUCUCAACUCACUCUCCCAACUCACCUCUCUCUCCCUUCAAGACAACGCUCUCUCCGGUCCCAUUCCCUCCCUCGCCAACCUCUCCGCCCUCGAAACAGCCUUCCUCGGCCGCAACAACUUCACCUCCGUCCCCGCCGGCGCAUUCGCCGGCCUCACCUCCCUCCGGAGACUCAGCCUCGGCAACAACCCCAACCUCGUCCCCUGGACAAUCCCCUCCGAGUUGACUCAGUCCCCCAACCUCAACAACCUCGAACUCGGAACCGCUAGCAUCGCCGGCGACUUACCGGAUUUCUUCGACAAGCUUCCGAGCCUCCAGAGCGUUCGUCUCUCCUACAACAACCUCACCGGCGGUUUGCCAAACUCUCUUGCCGCUUCUUCAAUCGUGAAUUUGUGGCUCAACAAUCAGGACAAUGGGUUAACCGGCACGAUUGAGGUGCUCUCGAAGAUGACGCAGUUGUCUCAGGUUUGGCUCCACAAGAACCAGCUCACCGGUCCGAUACCCGAUUUGUCCGAAUGUAAUAACUUGUUUGAUCUUCAGCUCAGGGAUAACCAGUUAACCGGUGUGGUUCCGAGUUCUUUAAUGGGUCUUUUGAGUUUGAAGAAUGUUUCCUUGGACAACAAUGAGCUUCAGGGUCCUGUGCCGGCGUUCGGUAAAGGUGUGAAGGUUACUCUUGACGGAAUCAAUAGCUUUUGUCGAGAUACUCCUGGACCUUGCGAUGCAAGGGUGAUGGUUCUGCUUCAAGUUGCUGAGGCUUUUGGGUUUCCUAUUCGGUUGGCGAAUUCGUGGAAAGGGAAUGAUCCUUGUCAAGGUUGGAGUUUCGUUGUUUGUACUGCGGGGAAGAUUACUACGGUGAAUUUUGCAAAGCAGGGUUUGCAGGGAACCAUUUCGCCUGCAUUUGCCAAUUUGACUGAUUUGAGGAACUUGUAUCUAAAUGGGAAUAAUUUGACCGGUUCUAUACCUGAGAGCUUGAUCACUUUGUCUCAGCUUGAGACUCUUGAUAUGUCUAAUAACAAUUUGUCUGGAGAUGUUCCGAAAUUCCCAUCAAAGGUGAAGUUAGUAACUGCGGGGAAUGUUUUGCUUGGGCAAAGUAUUAGUUCUGGUGGUGGAGGGAGUGGAACGACUCCAUCUGUGGGGUCUGCACCUGGUGGAAGUCCAGCUGAGUCGGGAAAUGGUUCUUCAUUGACGCCUGGUUGGAUUGCUGGUAUAGUGAUUAUUGCUAUGUUUUUUGUUGCGGUGGUGUUGUUUGUGUCGUGCAAGUGUUAUUACAAAAAUCGGCACCGGAAAUUUGGAAGGGUAAAUAAUCCUGAAAAUGGUAAAGGAAAUGUUAAGCUUGAUGUAAUGAGUGUUUCUAAGGGAUAUGGUGGUGUAACCAGCGAGUUGCAAAGCCAGAGCAGUGGUGAUAAUAGUAACCUCCAUGUUUUUGAGGGUGGGACUGGGAAUGCUACGAUUUCGUUACAAGUUCUGAGACAAGUAACGAAUAAUUUCAGUGAGGAUAACAUUUUAGGUAGGGGAGGGUUUGGAGUUGUUUAUAGAGGGGAGUUGCAUGAUGGAACUAAAAUUGCUGUCAAGAGGAUGGAAUCUGUUGCAAUGGGAAACAAAAGAAUGAAUGAGUUCCAGGCAGAGAUUGCUGUUCUUAGUAAAGUUAGGCAUAGACAUUUGGUUGCUCUUUUAGGAUAUUGCAUCAAUGGCAAUGAGAGGCUUUUGGUGUAUGAGUAUAUGCCUCAAGGGACAUUAACUCAGCAUCUGUUUGAAUGGCGUGAACAUGGGUGUUCUCCUUUGACAUGGAAACAAAGGGUAGCAAUCGCUUUGGAUGUAGCUAGGGGGGUGGAAUACUUGCACAGCUUAGCUCAGCAAAGCUUCAUUCAUAGAGACUUAAAACCCUCAAACAUACUAUUAGGUGAUGACAUGAGAGCAAAGGUUGCAGAUUUUGGGUUGGUUAAAAAUGCACCAGAUGGCAAGUAUUCUGUUGAGACAAGGUUGGCUGGAACAUUCGGGUAUCUUGCACCUGAGUAUGCAGCUACUGGAAGAGUGACAACCAAAGUGGAUGUUUACGCAUUUGGAGUAGUUUUGAUGGAACUGAUCACCGGUAGAAGGGCGUUGGAUGAUACUGUGCCUGAUGAAAGAUCUCACUUGGUUACAUGGUUCCGUAGGGUACUAAUUAACAAGGAAAAUAUUCCAAAGGCAAUUGAUCAAACUCUCAACCCUGAUGAGGAAACCAUGGAGAGCAUAUACAAAGUGGCUGAGCUGGCAGGCCAUUGCACCGCACGUGAACCAUACCCAAGGCCAGAUAUGGGACAUGCAGUGAAUGUCUUGUCUCCUCUUGUGGAGCAAUGGAAACCUACUAACCAUGAAGAAGAAGACACCUAUGGCAUUAACCUUCAGAUGAGCCUUCCUCAAGCCCUACAAAGGUGGCAAGCCAAUGAAGGCACUUCCACAAUGUUUAAUGACAUGUCCUUCUCACAAACCCAAUCGAGCAUUGCCUCUAAACCUUCAGGAUUUGCAGACUCCUUUGAUUCAAUGGAUUGCCGGUAGCCAAAAUGAUAAAU